UAAUUUUUCGGUACAUCGCUAGAAAGGGAACAGAGAGAAUGGAGGCUGCCAUUGAAUUUUCUCUGAGAAAAUCAACCACUUUAAUAAGUGAUGAAAUAGGUUUGCUAAGUGGAGUUGAUGAUCAAGUAUAUCAGCUUCAAAACAAUCUCCGGUGGAUGUCUAAUUCCAUAAAAUAUGCAGACGAAAAACGUAGAGUAUCUCAACGGGUGAGUGAUUGGGUUAGAGAUAUUCGUAGAAUAGCUUUUGAUGCAGAAGAUGUCAUUGACGAGUUCAUAAUCAAAUUACAUCUCCAGCGACUAGAAGAACAACGUAAGAAGAGACAUAACCUUGGAGCUCGCAUCAAGGGAUCCUUGAAAUUUUGUUUUACUACCACCAAACAGUUACCAUUUCGACAUGAGUUAGGAGAUCAGAUCAGAGGGAUCAAUGACAGGGUGCACAAGUUGUCAAACACCAAUGACACGUACAUUCUUCCACUAGAGAAUGGAGCAACUUUUCUUGGUGGUUUUGACACAACUGCAAACAAUUCGUUGCAAGAGAAGAUCAAGUCAAGACGAGCUGCAAUUGCCAGAGAGAAAUAUCAAGAUGCGGCCAACAUUCAUGAGAAUAGCGCAAGGCAGAUCACAGACUCAUUGAUGGGGAAGGAAGGUGACGGUGAUCAAAAGAGACUCCGCAUAAUUUCAAUUGUAGGGAUGGGUGGCGUGGGUAAGACUACUCUGGCUAAGAGGGUUUAUUAUAAUGAUAACAUUGUUAUGCAAAAUUUUCAAACCUUUGCUUUUGUUUACGUAUCACAAACUUAUAUUGUCAAAGACCUCUUAAGGAGCCUUAUCAAGCACUUCUCUUCUGUCACUGAUGAGGAAGAGGUGUCUUGUUCGAGGCUUUAUAAUUGUCUGCAGGGGAGCAAGUAUUUGAUAGUGUUGGAUGACAUCUGGAACACAGAUGCUUGGGAUAGCUUGAAGUGUGCCUUCCCGAAUGAAAACAAUGGAAGCAGAGUACUUAUCACCACUCGCCUCAAAGAUGUAGCUCGUUAUGCUGAUUCGUCGUGUAGCACUAACAUCCACGAAUUGGGUGUAAUUAGUGAGACUGAGAGUUGGGAGCUCUUUCUAAAGACAACAUUUCCAAGCAGCAGCUCUAGUCAACAACUUGUGUGUCCAAAAGAAUUGGAGGGCUUGGGAAAGGAUAUGCUGACCAAGUGUCACGGGUUGCCUCUCGCGAUCGUGGUCUUAGGAAGCCUCUUAUCAAGCAAAGAAAGGUCAGAGCAUGUGUGGUCUAGGGUGACCGACAGUGUAAAUUGGCAUCUGAGCCAAGGUAACGAUGCUUAUAAAUGUUGGGGAAUUCUAGCCUUGAGUUAUUAUGACUUGCCCUAUUUCUUGAAACCGUGCUUUCUUUAUAUGAGCCUUUUUCCCGAAGAUGGUGAGAUCCGUGCUACAAAGUUGUUUCAAUACUGGAUCGCAGAAGGAUUUGUUGAAAAGAGAGAUCAAAAAACUCUAGAAGAUGUUGCGGAGGAUUACUUAGAGGAAUUAAUAAGGAGAAGCUUGAUCCAGGUUGACAGAUUCAGAUGUGACGGCCGUGUGAAAACAUGUCGCAUCCAUGAUUUACUUCGGGAACUCGCUAUUUUAGAGUCUAAAGAAGAUCAGUUUUCUCACAUUUGCAGUGGAGUUCAGGAACUUUUUCUCAAUCAAAGCAAUGUUCGCCGAGUCGCUGUCUAUAAUACUGCUGAUGAUGCUCAGAACCAGGAGGAGCACUACUUCACUGAAUGCCGUCAAGGUAUAACAGUUCGUUCUUUGAUGUUUAGGGGUCUACAUUUUGUGCAGCAUAAUCAGCUGGAUUCUUUGUUCGGAGGUUUCAAAUUAUUAAGGGUGCUGGAAUUUAGUGGUUCCACUGGGCAGUCUACUGGACGAUUUCCUUCAUUACCAAAGGAACUCGGAGAACUCCUCCAUUUGAGGUACUUAAGCUUUGAAAAUACUAAACUAGAAAAACUGAAUACAGGUUACUUAAUGAAGCUCGUCAAUCUACAGACUCUUAACCUAAAUCUCUGUGGCACUAAACUCGCUUUGGAAGACAAGAUUGGCAGCUUGCACCAAUUGAGACAUUUAUAUCUGGGUGACCUUCGCCAUGAUAUAACUGGUACAGCAUCUACCGCUACCAAUCAUUUGGGGAUUGGUAAUCUUACAAAUCUACAGUCACUUCGCAUCGAGGCUGGGGAUUGGAUAUAUGGCGGUGGGUUGAAAAGCCUGUGUUCUCUUAAAAAGUUGAGGAUACAUGGGUGUUCAAGUACACAUUCAGUUCAGAUCUCGGAUGCCAUUGUCAGAUUAGUUGGUCUCAAAUCAUUGAUGCUGCAAUCUGUCAAUACUUUAACCGAAGGAGUACCGCUGAUAUCUAUCAACUUCGCAAGCCAUACGAAUCUCCAGAAUCUACUUCUGAAAGGGGAGCUUGAUGCAUGGACAGGAUCUGUUUCAUUCCCACCAAACCUUACUAAGCUAAUAUUGGAGGAGUCGCUCAUUGUCACAGACCCAAUGGUGAUUCUGGAAAAGCUGCCAAAGUUAACAUUUUUACAUUUGGGAUUUAGAUCUUAUGUUGGAGAGAAAAUGGUUUGUUCAGAAGGUGGUUUUGUCAGUCUUCAAACCUUGAGACUUGCUUCUUUGGAGAAAUUAGAGCAGUGGAUAGUGGAAAAUGGAGCAUUGGAAAAACUUACACAUCUGGAGAUUCUUCUGUGCAGGAAAAUGGCAAAGCUUCCUGUAAAACAGCUGAUUUCACUCCAAAAGUUAACAGUAAAUGCCAUACACUACACACCCAAGCAAUGGUUAGAAGCCCAGAAAAGCUGAUUGGGUUAAACUGUGUUACUGUAACUUUUAUUGUUUGCACUCUGUCAAUAUGUUUUCAGUAAUUCAGGUCAAAGGCCUGACACCAAUCCCCGAAGUCAGCGGAGUCCACGAUUCAGAAUUUGGAAUCCAUGUAUAAAGAAUU